AUGGCGGUCCUGGAAAAAGACCACACCGAUAACGGCAUCACUAUUGAUCAUGAAGAACAUACAGAACGCCCACGACCAAAGGGCCCAGGCUGGGACGAUGUUCUACGGCAUCGAAGAAUCUUUGCUUGGUGCCUCCUAAUCUUCUUCCUGCCCAUGAACUUCGGCUACGAAAACUCCAUCAGCGGAAGCAUUCUGGCAAUGCCUCAGUUCUUGGAGCAAUUUGGACAUCAGACCAAUGGAACUAUGGUCCUUGGCUCUCAGGACCAGCAAAUCCUGAAUGCUGCCCUGUCUGUUGGAGUGUUUUGUGCCGCGAUUAUUGCAGGCUUUUUGUCCGAUGCCUGUGGCCGAAGGAAGGCCAUCAUGGUUGCUAGUAUCAUUUGCUGCGCUGGUGUGCUGGUCCAGUACUAUGCUACAAGCAUUCUGAUGCUUUUUGGCGGCAAAGUUGUUGCGACCUUGGGCUUUGGACUUGGCCAGUCUGUAGCACCAGUCUUUAUAUCAGAGAUCGCGCCGAGCUCAAUGAGGGGGAUAUGUCUUGCCCUAAUUAACACAAUGAUAGUCUGUGGGCAGUGGCUGGCGUCGUUGACUAUUUUUGGUGCCACCUUUAACUCUCGUUCUGAUGCCUGGCGGAUUCCAUUAAUUUGUCAAAUCAUCCCACCAGGAAUUUCAUUUCUGGCUGCAAUUUCUUUCCUUCCCGAGUCUCCAACCUGGCUACUCAUGAAGAACCGGCAGGAUAAGGCCAAAGAAGCAUUCCAGAGGUUCAAUGGACCACAACUCGACCCAGAACCCCCGCUUAACCAGACUCUUGAAGCCAUUGCCAUGGAGGAGGAGAGUGCAAGCGGCAAGCACCCUUGGGCCGAAUGCUUCCAGCAACCCAGUCUACGGAGAACAACAAUCGUUAUUAUGACCUACCUAGCACAGCAGUUGAUCGGGGUUAACUUCAUAGCUGGCUAUCUCACUUACUACUAUGCACUCGCAGGAGUGAAUAGCCCUCUUGCCAUCGCCCAAGCGUCAUAUGCCAUACAGUUGUUCGGCAAUAUGUGCUCGUGGCCGUUAAUCGAGCGCCUGGGACGCCGGCAGCUCAUUGUGGGUGGCUGCAUCGCGAUGACAACCCUGCUACCGGUUAUCGGUGGCAUUAGCAUCUUAAAUACGCCCAAAGCACUGAAGGCUACCGUUGCGCUGAUGACUGUAUGGGGGUUUCUGUACCAAGCUACUCUGGGCGCAUGCGCCUACGCGAUCGGGGGAGAGAUCCCAACCCCUGCUCUGCGCCAGAAGACCUAUGCGAUUAACAUGGUGGUCACGACGGUUGCAUCGACGGUUGUGUAUCAGGUCAUGCCGAUUCUGAUAAACUCAGACAAAGCGAACCUUGGGGGCAAGAUUGCGUUUGUGUUCUUUGCUCCUUCUGUUCCCAUGUGCUGCUAUUUGUUUUUUUGUCUACCGGAGACCGCGGGUCGGAGCUUUGAUGAGCUGGAAAAGCUGUUUCAGGCGCGUGUUUCGGCUCGCAAGUUCAGAGGGUAUCGGAUAGAGCUCAACGAAGCCGCAGUAUUGCAUUGCAAAGAGGGCGGGAUUCCCACUGGUUGA